CACGAGCCAACACUCGCGGCCAAUGAUUGUAUAGGUUAUUGGGGGUGCGACGUUGCCAUGGUAGCUGGUUUAAUCGUAAUGCCUCGUCUCGGUUUCGACUUGAAUGCCGUUCGUGUUUCCAUUCACAACUUAGUAUCGUCCUCAUUUUACUUUAAAUGCUACUCGUUGUCUUCUCGUGUGAACAGAUCGCGGAUGCUAAACUAGCUUGCUAGCCAACGUAAACAUGUCGAGUUUAUCCUCCUGAGUGGAUAAUCCUCAUCUCUUCUGACCUCACCGGUUAGCUGCGACAAGUGACUGGCGAAUGGAACGACGGGUUGCCACUUUUGUGGCCGGAUAAGCAUCUAGUUUGACGGCGUGCGUCGUUAUUAUCCUCCUUUAUUUAUUAUUUUAACGUGAUCCGUUGUUAUCCACAUUUUCCAAAUAAAGAUGGAAAUUAAUUUAAAUCGAGUUGACUAUAUCCAGGUUGGCGUAACAGCCCAAAAAACCAUGAGGCUGCUGCCAGCACUUGGAAAAAAAGCCACUCAGAAGGUGGCUGUUGCUGACCAAGACGGCGUACUGACAUGUUUUGGGAUGAAGAAAUGCGACGCAGUACCUGUCUUCAAAACACUCCCGGGGCAGAAAAUAUGCCGAAUGGACCUUGGCGGAGCGGUGGGAACCCCGCAAGAGAAGAUCUUUGUCUGCUCAGGCUCUCAAGUGCGAGGAUUCACCAAGAAGGGGAAACAGUUCCUCACUUUUGACGCCAAUCUUACCGAGAGCAUCAAUGCCAUGCAGGUGUCUGGCGCUGACCUUUUUCUGUGCGCCAGCUACAUCUACAACCAUUACUGUGACUGCAAGGACCAGGACUACUUCCUGUCAGGAGACAAGAUCAACGACAUCAUCUGUUUGUCUUCAGAGAACCUGGCUCGUACCAUCCCUGUGCUGGCGUGUCAAGAUCGUGUUCUCAGGGUGCUGCAGGGAUCUGAGCUGGCCUACGAGGUGGAAGUGCCCGGACAGCCAUCUGUGCUAGAAUGCUACAACAAAGAUGGAGGAGAUGCCAUUCUCUAUGGAACAACGGAUGGCAAAAUUGGCUCAGUUCACAUCGGCGAGGGUUCAGCGACAACCAAAUGGGAGAUUGACAACGACAAAAAGAAAGGAGGAAUUCUCUGCCUCGACACCUACGACAUCACUGGUGACGGCGUGAGGGACCUCCUGGUGGGACGUGAUGACGGGAUGGUUGCCGUCUACGGCUUUGACAGCACCAACGAGCCCACGCAACGCUUUGAACAUGCUUUGUCAGAAAGCGUGACCUCCAUUCAGGGAGGCUGUGUGGGAAAGGAGUCCUAUGAUGAGAUCCUAACUGCCACCUAUACAGGUUGGGUGACAGGAUUGACCACGGAGCCUCAAAAGGUUGAAUUGGGUGCGGGAGACGAGGUUAGGAUAAGUAAAGAGGUUCAGGCCAAAGUGGAAGCCCUCAGGGCGGAGCUGGAGCAGCUCCAGGUCAAAGUUCAAGUGGGCCGCGAGCAGUACCAACAGACGUCAUUGUCCAAGACAGCUGUCUCUGUGGUGCCCACCUUCAGCAUCAACGACAAGUUUACGCUGUGCCAGGACGAUGCCAGCUACAGCCUCACGCUGGAGGUCCAGACAGCCAUUGACAACCUGCUGCUCCAGAGCGAUGUCCCCAUCGACCUGCUGGACGUGGACAACAACUCAGCGGUGGUCAGCUUCAGCGAGUGCGACUCUGAGCAUCCUAAUGGCAACUUCCUGCUGGCCACUUACCGAUGUCAAGCCAACACCACCAGAUUGGAGCUCAAGGUGAGGUCCAUCGAAGGGCAAUACGGCACCUUGCAGGCUUACGUCACCCACAGACUGCAGCCCAAGACGUGUCAGGUUCGCCAAUAUCGCAUCAAACCUCUUUCGCUUCACCAGCGCACACACAGCAUCGACCAGGACAGGCCAAUGAACAGGCUGAGUCUGGUGGGGCAGUUCAGUUUUGCAGAAAUCCACUCCUGGGUGGUCUUCUGUCUACCGGAGGUACCAGAGAAGACACCGGCGGGAGAGAGCAUCACCUUCUACUUCCUUAACACCUUCCUUGGCACGCAGUUGCACGCCACCUACAGCAAAGGAGAGGGUCACUUCAAGUCAGAUAACAUCUCCACCAUCUCCAUCCUGAGCGAUGUCCUCUCCAAAGAGGCCACCAAACGCAAAAUCAACUUGAACAUUUCCUACGAUAUCAACGCCGAUUCUGUGAGCCACACGCUCAAGAUGAUUCACCCUAAACUGGAGUACCAGCUGGUGUUGGCAAGAAAAGUUCAGCUCAUUGAUGCACUGAAAGAGCUGCAGCUUCACGAGGGCAAUGCUGACUUCCUGAUCUCAGAAUACCGCAGCAUCCUGGACCAGUCAGACAUUCUGCUGGAGGAGUACAAGAGGCAGCCGGCGCACCUGGAAAGGCUUUACGGCAUGAUCACGGACCUCUUCAUUGAUAAGUUCAAAUUCAAAGGACAGAAUGUGAAAGCAAAAGUGUCGUCGCUCUUGGAGAUCCUGGAUAGUUACGAUUUAAAUUCAUUGUUGGACUUUUUUAAUGAGGCUUAGUCGUGCAGUCCACGUGGGAAUUUUUAGG